AUGGCCAGACAUGAGAGCAGCCAUAACAAAGGAGAAAGAAAGAGAACGAUUUCUGAAGAAGAUUUAAAGAAUUACGCCGUGAAAAAGGCUCUGAAAUUGGCAAAGAAGUUGAAGACUCGUAUUGUUUCAGGCGAUUCGAGGUUCGUAUGGGUGAAAAAGAUCGAAAGAGAUGUGACAGAACAAGGAGUUGCGAAGAUGUUGGAUCAACUCAGUGUUAAAUCUGAAUUGAAGAGGCGCCAGAAAUUGAUGACUGAGUUUGAAAAGGGGAAGAAGAACAGAGAAAAGAGAGCGCUAGAGAAGGCGCGUAGAGAAGAAGAAUUACUUUUACUGCAAAGAGAACGAACUAGUGAUGAAACCGAUGUCUUAGAGAAGAAAGAGACAGAGUUCCGAUGCAGAGAAGAAGAAUUACUUUUAUUGCAAAGAGAACGCUCUAUGACCCAAGCCGAUGUCUUAGAGAAGAAAGAGACAGAGUUUGGCUUUGAACAGAAUACGGUUAGGGAAGAAGAAUUGCUUUUUUUGCAAAGAGAACGCGCUAUGGAUGAAGCCGAUGACUUAGAGAAGAAAGAGGUAGAGUUUCGCUUAGAACAGGUUAAGUCUAGGAUUCGGUUUCUAUCCAUGGAAGAAGGUGACGUGGUAUUAGGUUCUGGUUCUGAAGUUAAUCUGGAUUCACAGGUAUAUGGCCUAAGAAAACCGAAGUUCUUGAACCGUUUUCAUACAGGUUAUGAAUGGAACAAGUAUAACAGAACACAUUAUGAUUAUGAUAACCCACCUCCCAAAUAUGUAUUAGGGUACAAAUUCAUCAUCUUUUACCCUGAUCUUAUUGAUAAAUCCAAGAUUCCAAGGCAUGUUUUUGAGAAAGAUGGGGAUUCUACCGAUACUUGUAUUAUUAGGUUUGAAGCUGGCCCUCCUUAUCAAGACAUUGGUUUUCGGAUUGUGCUUAAAGAUUUGGAGGUUUCACAUAAGAAAGGUUUCAGAUGCACCUUUGAAGGUGGCAUAUUACGUUUGUAUUUUAACUUUAAGAGGUAUGGUUAUCGACGAUGA